AUGAAGCGCUUUCCUUAUCUAUUUCUUAUUAUAAUAGCUUUGUUCUCUGCUUUUCUUUUCGAGGAUGCCCUUGCUGAACUUCCUUGCCAUUACAAAACUCAGCGAUUGGAAUGUGGGAAAUUAGCCUGCAAUAAGACGAAGAAUAUAUGCAUUAACUGCACAGAGGAUGCUGACUGCUAUCCAGCGGCCAUGGAAUGUAUUCUCGUUUCCGGCAAGUGUCGUGUUAAGCCUCUGAAAAAAGGUUUUAGCUAUAGAACGGUGCUGGCAAUGCUCGGUGGUCUUGUGGUGUGUGCGAUCGGGGUGAUUUCUGGGGCCGGUGGUGGCGGCAUUCUUGUGCCACUGUAUGCUGCCUCAAUGCAACUUCCCUUGGAGACCGCGGUAGGAAUUUCUCAGGUCACUGUGUGCGGGCAGAGCGUCUUGAAUGUAUACAUGUCGUCUCAAAGGAAAUUUGUAGACACCAUGUGGGACCGUCCACUCAUUAACUACCAGUACCUGAGCUUGUUGCUCCCACUAGGUCUAUUGGGAACCUUAUUUGGGAUACUGAACACGAUACUUCCUGAUAUUUUACGACUGAUAUUUCUCUUCUCGCUACUACUGAUCGUUUUGUAUCGUACAAUAAAAAAGACCUUAAAGCAAUAUAAAGAAGAUAAAAGGCGAAGAAAUGCCAUGUCACCUUGCGAAACCAAUUUCGAUUCGUCGCAGCCAUUCGCGGAAACUCAGGCAACGCCUGAGGAACCUGUAAUCCAUCGUAUACCACAAGAACAGUACCCCAUUAAAAAUUUACUUACGUAUGUAUUUUAUUUUAUUGUAUUACUUGUAUCGGGUAUUAUUCGUGUAUACUGCAGAUGUGGAGGUGUAGCUUAUUGGUUAUCGGUGAUUGUACCAGCUUUAAUUCUCCUCGGAGGGUUUUGCUAUACAUAUUAUCGUUUGAAUCAGUUACACAGUGUGUGCCCCGACGCGAUAACCUUCAAAUGGGGGCGCAAGACUGCCUUGUACUUCCCGCUCGUAGCAAUUCUUGCCGGUGCAGCGGGAGCCAUCUUGGGCAUUGGUGGGGGUAUGGUACUUGGUUUUAUUCUUUACGAGAUUAAUUUGAUCCCAGACGAAGUGUCGGUAACUAGCAACGUGGUUACAUGUUUUAUUGCGCUUACCUCCUCGAUUCGCUCACUUUUAAAAGGUGAUAUACCCUAUGAUUUUGCCAUCGUCUUUUGUUUAGUUGGUGUAGUUAGCACACUGCUUGGAAACAUGGUUUUCUUGAAAUAUAUACGCAAACACGGGCUGAAAUUUCUUAUCAUUAUGUGCUUGGUUUUAGUGGUGGUUGGCUCUUUGGUGGCGACUGGUACAUAUGGCAUAUUUGAUUUAUUAGACAAGAAAGAUAGUGCAGGCAUUUUCAAGUUCGGAAAGUUGUGCAUUCCACAAUAG